GCUGCACGUUGUUAACGUGAUAGUGUAGUAGCAGAGAAUUUGUGACUACGUUUUAGACCGUAGCUCUGGCCACAACAAUAUAGCUGAAAUUGAUUGAUUAUACGAUGGAAAGCGACACCGAGAUGGAGGACUUCGAUAGCAGCGAGGAGGGAAGCAAUUGGUCUGAUGAUAGUUACCUUGCAGACGAAGACUUCAGCUUCGACUAUCAGGAGGGAGUGGAUCCACACGAGGACGCUCUUGAUUGGGAAGAGGACUCAAAUGAAUCAGCAGGCGACACACCACCCAGAGUCACACCAAGGAAAGAAAGCCAAUCUGAGAGCGGGGUAAAGUGUUCUGAUUCUCCAGAAGAACCAUGGUUACCAUGCAAAGGUUCACAGUCAACAAGGACAUCAAGUGUUAAAACUGAUGAAGAUGAAGCCCCACUGCUGAGCACCUUGCAGCCAGACCAACAGCGUAGCCCGUCAGUGAAUUUGUCAACAAAGACCUAUUCUCCACGUAAAAGAGUGCCGGCCUCACCCUCAUUAAAGUCCAAAGUACCACGUCUCUCAACCCCAAGAAAAACCUCUCACUUACCACACAGAACAACCGAGUCAGAUCAGCCAUGGAAAACAGAGAAACACCCUGAUGAGGGUCCUCAACCUUUGAGAUUUUGUCCAAGCAGACCUCCUGGACCUCAAGUAGAUCCCUCAGCCAUGUACUCACCGUUAGACUUAUUUCAAAUGUUUUUUACAAAAGUCACGGUCAGAACCCUCUGCGACAAUACAAAUAGACAAGCGGCUAGAAACAUUGGUAGGGGCAAAAAGUUUAAGUGGAUAGAUAUAACUGUGAAGGAGUUUUACAAAUUCAUUGGAUUGGUCUUCUUUACUGCUCUGGUUAAGACAAAAGCUAUCAGUGAUUACUGGAUAACAAACUCAAUUUUCUCGAUUCCGUUUCCAGCUACUGUGAUGAACAGGGAUAGAUACAGAAUCAUAUCAUGGAACAUUCACAUGAGUGAUCCUGAUGAGGACGCUGUCAAUGACAGUAAAAAGGGCACACCUGAAUAUGAUAGGCUAUUUCGGCUCAAACCAUUAAUGAAUGACAUUCGUCAUGCCUGCAUGUCCUGUUUCCACCCACAUAGAAACCUGGCUGUAGAUGAAAGGAUGGUGGCAUCAAAAGCAAGAAAUGGGUUGAUUGAAUAUAUCAAGUCAAAGCCCACUAAAUUUGGCUUUAAGAUUUUUGUGUUAGCGGACUCCAGCAAUGGCUAUACAGUGGACUAUGCUGUGUAUAUCGGCAAGAACACGUUUCCCGUUGGCUUUGGAAUUUGUCACGAUUCAGUGAUGUCCCUCGUAAGGCCCUCUGUUCUUGGCUCAGGUUACCAUGUGUACCUUGACAACUACUUCUCCAGCCCAAAAUUAUUCAAGGACUUAUUUGAUAUGAAAAUGGGAGCGUGUGGUACCAUGAGGGAAGGCAGAUUGGGCUUCCCAAGAUCAGAAGAAAAUGCGCUGACCAAGAAAUCCCCAAGAGGAUCUUUACGGUGGAUAAGGGAGGGCUCCCUGCUCUUUGUGAAGUGGAAGGAUGCCCGGGAAGUGUCGAUGGGUACCACCAUUCAUCAAGCGUAUGGAGGGGAGACAAUAAAAAGGAAACGCAAGAAUAAGGAUGGCAAAUGGUCUCAUGAGUCAAUUCCAGUACCCACCCCAAUUCUAGAAUACAAUAAAAACAUGGGAGGUGUUGACUUAUCUGACCAACUGAUUACUUACUUCUCAGCCCACCGCAAAACAAUGAAGUGGUACCGAACAUUGUUCUACCAUUUUGUGGACAUAGCGACUACUAACAGCUACAUCAUUCACAAGGAUCUGUGUAAAGUGAACAAGAUGCAGCCCAUGACCCACAAAGAAUUCACACAAGCGCUCGUGGCCCAGCUCUGCGAGGUGUCCAUUGAGACUCAGUCCAAGCCGACGAACACUGGACAUACACCUGUCCCGAUCAAGCCUGUGGCAGACAAAAGCAAGAGAAGCUCUGCAGGACGAAAGCGCUGCGAACUCUGCAAGAAAUCGGGACACUCCAAAGACACUCCCUGGAAGUGCAAUGAGUGUGGCGUACCACUCUGUGUCAUUCCAGACAGAAAUUGCUUUCAUGAUUGGCACAACCUUGAGGGAAUGGCCCCAGUUGAGUAUCAGUCUUCUGACUCUUGAGUAAAGCUGUAAGACUUGUGCAGCUAUAUCCUAUCCAUCACAGAUGAGGAGUGCUGUUAGACCUGUGCCUUAUUGCAAAUGUUUGUGCAUUUGAACAAAAUGCUGCUCAUUUUCUAUUUUGACUUUUGAUAGGAGUAAUACUUUUGUGUUGUUUUUCCAAGAUAAUGGAUAUCAGGCCAUACAUUUGUCAAUAGGGAAAAGGUUAAAUGUAUGGUUUUUGGGAUGUACUAUGUGUUAUUAACUUGUGCUUCAGCAAUAUUGUGUUCUGGUAUUCUAGUGUGUCAUUGUGUCAUUGCCUUCCGUUUAAUUAUCUUUAUCAGAUUACAUGGCCUGACUUUUUCCACUCUUAUGUAAUAGCUCAAUUUGAGUCAAGUGAAGGUGUUUUAAAAUGUACUGUACUGGUCAAUGAUGUGGAGUUUAAACAUAUUGCAACCCUAUGGCUCAUAAUGCGGUGAGGCUACUAUGACUAACAAUGUAUUUUCAGAUGUGAAAGAAUCAACCUCAAAAUAACCCAGCUUUUCUCCCUCUGUUUUACUGUCAUAUUUUUUUUUAAAUGUACUUCAUGCAAGAGUAGUUAUUACAAGAAACUUCUACGAUGAACCAACCUUGUAUAUUAUUUGUUGAGUUUCCCUUUUCUACUGUGUAGUAAUGGUUAUUUUGUUUUACCAAAAGGUUCUACUCCAAAAUACCACUCCAUCCACGUGCACGCUUGCACGUAGAUCAACGGAGUGAAGCUUGUAGUAAGCCUUUGGGAAUCCCCGGUGUCUGAUGCACGCCGUUUGGUGCUACGCAGACCCGGUGGCGAUCGCGAGACAGAGGAGACCCUGUCUGUCCUUUUCAGUUUUGAUGCAGAACGUUUGCCUGAUGAAGUCAUGCUAGGAGGGAGAUUCUGAGGUGUGAGAAGUGUGCAGGGGGGUAUGGGUACAGCCAUCACUGGUACAGAGUGACCGGAACAGUUUGUGUUUUAGUAAGGUUGGCUUCUUGGUGUUUAUUGCUAUGGUCAUUAAUUGUACCACACAGAUGGAAAGGAAAUCCCAGAAGAUUGAAGCAGUAGAGAAGUUUUUGGGUAUCAGAGAUUUUAGUGCAGAAGAGCUAGAGGGGGUUUUGAGAGAAGG